AUAAACAUGCAGGUGCAGCAACGCAAGCCCAAGGCCUGCGGCGAGAGCGGCGCGGCGGCGGCGGCGCGAGGAGGAGGAGGAGGAGGGGACCUGCAGCAGCAGCAUGGCGACAGCUGGCAGCUGGAGGCGGCCGAGGAGGCCCUGGAGCGCUCCGCGCCGCGGAAGAGGAAGGCGGCGGCGGCGGCCGCCGAGGCGAGGCGGUGGGGCUCGGUGGCCUACGUCGUGCUCGCCGCCUUUGCCAUGGCUGCGCCGACGGCCGUCGUCCUUCUUGGCGCGCGCGCCGGCGCGCCCGCCGUCUGGAUCGCCGCUUCCAAGGCCCUGCGCCGAGGUUCCGACGACGUACCGAUCCCAUUGGCGCGAAGCGCGGCCGACAAACUCCUCGGUGGCCUCUUGCUCGAGGGAUUCGACGAGGAAUCAUGCCGCAGCAGGUACGAAUCAUCGCUGUACCGCCGGAACCCGGGGCGGCGACCUUCUCCGCACCUCGUCGCCCGGCUGCGGAUGCACGAGGAGCUCCAGCGACGGUGCGGCCCCAACACGGAGUCGUACAACCGCGCUGUGCAGCGGCUGAGGGACGGCGGCGGUACCGCCGACGCACACGCGCCGGUAGACGAGCAGUGCAAGUACCUUGUCACCAUCUCGUACCGCGGUCUCGGGAACCGGAUCCUCUCCGCCGCGUCGGCCUUUCUCUACGCGGUGCUCACCGGCCGCGUCCUCCUCGUCGACCGGAGCAACGAGAUGGACGAGCUCUUCUGCGAGCCGUUCCCCGGCACGACGUGGCUACUCCCGCGGGACUCCCCGCUGGCGACGAGCCGCGCGAACUUCAGCGCCGACGCCGCCGAGAGCUACGGCAACAUGCUCAGGAACAAGGUGAUCAGGACGGACGGCAAUGACGCGCCCGCCGCGCAGACGCCGGCGUUCGCGUAUCUCCACCUGGACCACGGCUACGGCGACGACGACAAGAUGUUCUUCUGCGACGACGACCAGCGGGUGCUGUCGAACAUCCAGUGGCUCGUGAUGAGGACGGACAGCUACAUCGUGCCGUCGCUGUUCCUGGUCACCACGUUCCAGGAGGAGCUCGACGCGCUCUUCCCGGAGCGCGACGCCGUGUUCCACCACCUCAGCCGCUACCUGUUCCACCCGGUCAACCAUGUCUGGGGCCUCGUCGCCCGGUACUACCGCGCGUAUCUCGCGCCGGCGCGGCAGCUGGUCGGCGUCCAGGUGCGCGUCUUCGACCACAGGCAGGCGAGGUCGCUGCACGUCGUCCUUGAGCAGAUCACGUCGUGCGCGUGGAAGGAGAAGCUGCUCCCGGAGAUCCUCGACGUGGAUCUGGAGCACGCGGGCAUGCCGCCGCCGACAACGCCCGCGGCCGGCGGCAACAGUUUCAAGGCUGUCCUGAUCACGUCUCUCCGGCCGUGGUUCUACGAGCGGAUCAAGGGCAUGUACUGGGAGCGCGCGACGGCGACCGGAGAGGACGUGGGCGUGCACCAGCCGAGCCACGAGGAGUACCAGCACUUCGGCGAGAGGUCGCACGACGGCAAGGCGUGGGCGGAGAUGUACCUCCUGAGCCUCUGCGACGUGCUGGUCACCAGCGGCUGGUCGACGUUCGGGUACGUCGCGCAGGGGCUCGGUGGCCUGAGGCCGUGGGUGAUGUACAAGCCGGUGAACAUCACGGCGGUGCCGGACCCGCCGUGCGGCCGGGACGUGUCCAUGGAGCCGUGCUUCCACUCGCCGCCGUUCUACGACUGCAAGACGAAGCGCGGAGUGGACACCGGCAAAAUAGUGCCUCACAUUCGACAUUGCGACGACGUGAGCUGGGGGUUGAAGCUUGUUGAUCCGAAUGGAAUUGAAGACUAGCGCAAGGCUCCACGCGGCAAAUCAAUCUUUACGAAGAAUUUAAUGGCGUGCUUACAUUUGUACAGACCAUUACGUCCAUUUUAAAAUAUAGCUACCCUUAUAUUUAGAUAGGGUCGUUCAAAUAUUUGAAAAUUUUAAUUUCAUCAAUCAAAU